AAAGGGAAUAACAUGGUGUCCCAGUGGCUGUUUAUGUUUACUUAAGGAACAGAUUUGAAAGGGCGUUUUGUAAGACAACACUGACUUUUUUUUGAAGUUACAGGGUUUUUCUUUUGCACUUUAAGUUUUUUAUGUUAAGAUUUACAAGGCCAUUGGCAUGUAAAUCUCAUAUUUCACUAAUGUGCCAGUCUUACAAAUGGAAAGGGGGCUUCACUUUGGAAACGUGAGCAUUUCCCUGGUGCUCCUGCUGUUGCUGAAAGCGUUCAUCGGAUUCGGGACUUCGCAAGCUCAGGGCUCCGCCAUCGGGAGGGAGCUGCGGUCCGCCACCCGGAUUGCAGGUUUGACCUCGGAGGAAGAUGGUGCAAGAGUCAUGGAGCGGGGCUUGGAGAACGUAGGCGCCCCGGUCAGUGGAGCAGACGUUACCGUGGAGGACGACGAGAACGGGUCGACCGGGGAGGCUGAUGAAUCAUAUGGAGAAAGUAACGGAAACGUCCGAUCGACAAGGUCCCUUGUGAUCAUCAGUACCCUGGAUGGGCGGAUCUCUGCUCUGGAUCCUCACAACCAGGGCAGGAAGCAGUGGGAUCUAGAUGUCGGCUCAGGGUGCCUGGUGACCUCCAGCCUCAGCAAACCUGAGGUAUUUGGCAAUAAGAUGGUCAUCCCUUCACUGGACGGUGCCUUGUUCCAGUGGAACCGGGACAGAGAGAGUAUGGAGGCAGUGCCUUUCAGUGUGGAGUCCUUGCUGGAGUCGUCCUACCGUAUCGGAGAGGACACUGUCCUGGUUGGGGGCAAAUCCCUUACUACGUAUGGCCUGGGAACCUACAGUGGCAAGCUUCGGUACAUCUGCUCUGCGGUGGGCUGCAGUCACUGGGGGGAUGAGGAGAUGGACUCCGAAGAUGUGCUCCUGCUGCAGAGGACUCAGAAGACCGUGCGAGCCAUCAGGCCCCGAUCAGGGAUGGAGAAGUGGAACUUCAGUGUUGGAAGCUUUGAGCUGAAGCUUGUUCCCGAGACGCCGCCUGGAAUGAACUUCCUGGAGGGAGAAGUGGCAAAUGGCGAUGCCUGGAAGGAGAGUCAGCGGGUGAUCACUGACGAACCAAAAGAGAGGGAGCAGAACCAGAACCAGAAUCUGGACCUUGUCAUCAAGGUGUCAGUUCCUGAUUGGAAGGUCAUGGCUUUCAGCACCAAGUAUGAUGGACAGCUGGUCUGGGAGCGUCAGUUCUGCACACCCAUCGCCUCAGCCUGGUUGGUGGGCGGUGGUAAAGUCACACCAAUCAGCCUGUUUGACGACACAGCUUACAGCAGCCAGUCAGAAGUUGAUGAGGAGGAGGAGGAGGGCGAUCCGGAGAAGGCCAGAGGAGCUGAAGAGUCUAGUGUGUACUUAGGGAUGUUCCAGGGACAGCUCUACCUCCAGUCCUCAGUGAGGAUCACUGAAAAGUUCCCCUCCAAAGCUAUCGGAUUGGAGAAGAAUAUAAUUCCACUACCUACUGUCAAAUGGAAGCCUCUAAUACAAUCCCCAUCUCGGACACCGGCCCUGGUCGGCUCUGAUGAAUUUGACAAGUGUCUGAAUAACGACAAGUUCUCCCAUGAAGAAUACAGUAACGGAGGUCUGUCCAUCCUUCAGUAUCCAUAUGACAAUGGCUACUUCUUCCAUGACAGCAAGCGUUUCCGGGAGAAACGUGACAGUGCUGUAAGCCUGAUAAAGGGGAAUGUGGCGGGGGCAGACAGUCGCAGGAGAAAGGACCCCGUGCUGCUGCUGCCGUGGUGGAAGGAGAUCCUGGGCACCAUCGUCUUCUGCAUCGCCACCACCACCUACAUCGUCCGCAAGUUCUUUCACCCUCCAGCCCCGGUAGCCUACGUGAGGCAACGGAAAGAGUCGGAGACACAGUGCCAGACAGACAGCAAGUUUGACCUUGAGGUUGUGGAAUCCAAAGAGCCGGUUACCUCGGAGACCCGUUCCAGCGAAUAUGUGUCCAGGUAUCUAACUGACUUUGAGCCAGUGCAGUGCCUUGGCCGUGGGGGGUUCGGUGUUGUGUUUGAAGCCCGCAACCAAGUGGACGACUGCAACUACGCCAUCAAAAGAAUCCGUCUGCCCAACAGGGAGCUGGCCCGUGAAAAGGUGAUGCGAGAGGUGAAGGCCCUGGCCAAACUGGAGCACCCUGGGAUUAUCCGCUACUUCAAUGCCUGGCAGGAAAGCCCCCCCGAGGGCUGGCAGGAGGAGAAUGACAAGAGGUGGCUGAAGGACGCCAGUACCACCGACUGGCCAAUGAGCUUCCUCGACAACAUGGAGGCGCUGUCAGUUAAAGUGCCGGUGUCCAGCUCCGUCUUACCUGCCUGUGGGCCUGAAGGAGACGCUCUGGAGGCCUGUGUUGGUGCACACGUCCUGCUGUCCAGCAGUGCCGGUGACGCUGUAGCUUUUGGCGUUGACGACGGAGACCUAUCCUUCCACCCGCUCCUGGGCCACGACAGCCUGAUGUCUGAGAGAGACAGCCAGGCUGACCCCGAUGCCUCAGACACCCCCCACUCCUUUGAGCUUUGCCCCCCACGCGGCCCCAGUGACUGCACCUCCUCUUCCUUCGACAUAGUGUUCGAGGACUCGGGCUGCGACCGAGAUGCAGAGGCAGACACAGACUCGACUUCUGGUGCCACCAGCCCCGGCACGCUGACGGAGAAGAACAGCUCGUCUUCCUCGCACGUCAGACGACAGGGAUCCGUCCCGUCCUGCUCUUCUCCUCUACCCCGGCCAACCUCACUUACCUUGGCUCACCCCACAACUCCUCCAACCCAGAGAGUCCAGCCUUCACCCAAGGUGUACCUCUACAUCCAGAUGCAGCUCUGUCGGAAGGAGAACCUGAAGGACUGGAUGGCUCAGCGCUGCCUACCAGAGCAAAGGGAGCACAACCAGUGUCUGGAUAUCUUCCUCCAGAUCGCAGAGGCCGUCGACUUCCUGCACAGCAAGGGGCUCAUGCACAGGGACCUCAAGCCCUCCAACAUCUUCUUCACCAUGGAUGACGUAGUGAAGGUGGGAGACUUUGGCCUGGUCACGGCCAUGGACCAGGAGGAGGACGACGACGUGCCAAACGCCUUGACGCCCGCACCGCUCCUUACCAGACACACGGGCCAGGUCGGCACUAAGCUCUACAUGAGCCCAGAGCAGCUUUCCGGAAACUCGUACUCUCAUAAAGUGGACAUUUACUCUCUGGGUCUGAUCUUGUUUGAGCUUCUGUAUCCUUUCAGGACCCAGAUGGAGAGAGUGAGGACGCUGACAGAGGUGAGAGUGCUGCGCUUCCCAGAGGUUUUCUCCAAAAACAAUGUUCAGGAGCUGAGUAUGGUGCGCAGCAUGCUGUCGCUGAGCCCCUGCGAGCGUCCUGAGGCAGUUGAGAUCACAGGGACUCCCCUCUUCCAGGAGCUGGAGCUGCCUUGCCGACUGGCUGUGAGGCAGCGCUCCCGCACCUACAGCGCCUCGUCCAUGGGCCGCCCCUCGCGCCAGACAUCGACUAACUGAAGAUCUCGUGACACAAUAUAUAACCACUGUCCCACACCCCCCCUCCCCUGUUUCCCCGUCAUCCCCCUGCUGGUCUGCCGCCCAAGAGAAACACCUCAGCCCCCUGCCAUCACACACUCCCUCAGACAGGAUCACUUUAGAAGCCAGGUGCGAGAAAUGUACGGGAAGUAAUAGCGGCGGCUUUAGAGCAGCAAGACAAAGUGCUGCACAGUUACCGUCCUUGGCGAAAACACACGCCGUUAUAUAUUCGCACACCAUUAUGCUGCCCAGUUCCCCAAUUUUAAUAACACUUACAAGAGAGAGAAUAUUUUAAAAGCGACAGCCGCUCGGUUAUGUUCACGACCAGACUUGGCUCAAGUGGUACUUGCAAAUAAUUCUUAGUGGUUAUUUUAAAUGGCUCUGAGUACCAGAUGGGCAGUGUUUACUCCAGCCAGUCGGCUCCGUGGAGACUAAGCUAUUAUCACUGAACAUUACAGCUAAUUGAUUUUGAAAUAUUUACUCGUGAUUGUCUUAAACAACUGGCAUUCUCCUCACUCUGACAUGGCAAACAUCAUCUGGUACUCUGGGAUAAUAGACAGACUUGCUAAGAGCUGUUUUAGAUAUGAUUUGAUUCGGGUCUGGUCACAACACGCUGCUUGCUCUCAACAUCCAGACAGUGUUCGCUCACUCAUGCUACACCUCAGGUAUCAAAACCAGGAGGACACUAACAAGGGGCCUUUGAUGCUUGAUCAUCCUAUCUACUAGUGACUAUUACUGAUCACUGGUAUGAGCACUAACUGGUGUUCUGACACCCAAUAUGCCUGAUUUGGGAGACCAAAAAGAAAGACCAUCUUUUU